AUGAGGAAAUCAACGAAAAUGCGUAGGUCAGCCAAACUACGAAGAAACGGCAAGUUCGGCGCGGUGCAUGAAGGCAAGAAGGGAGGUGCUGUUUCUCUGAAACCCAUUCUUUACACCCGCCGCCUGAAGACCAAUAAACAGAAGAAAAUUAAGCAGAUAAUUCCCCCUCUCUGGAAUGAUGGUGAGCAAAAGAUGCCGUCGAGCUUUCGUGAAAUGGUGAGGCGCAUAAGUGACUAUGAAGGAGACACUGAGGGUAUGCGGAAGAAACUCGUUAGUAAGUCGCCCAAACAAGGUAAAAAUGAAACCCUUGAAAACUUUUCCCGUCGUUUAAGUCGGGACGUUCAGGAAGAAUUAUUGAAAGUUAAACUGGAGAGGGCGAAUGAUGCUCCCUUGGAAAACCCAGAGACAUUCAAAUCAAGGAAAACAAAAAAGGCACUAAAGCGACUAGCAGCCAGAAAACAAAAGAAGAAAGAAUUCAAAGCGGAGAAACGUCGAACUGGUUUUGAGCACCUGCAAGAUAAGGUGAAGUUUGGGGAUGUAGUGCAGGCCCCACCUGUAUUAAAGACAAAACCCAAGAAGGUUGGAGGAAAUGCCAAAUCUAAGACCUCGACGCCUUCGCUUUACCAGUAUGUUUAG